UGCUUGGGUGGUGUAUCCUUUUUGGCCGUGUAUGACCAGAUUCUUGCUCCUGGGUUGUAUCAGGUAACGGCGAGCUCACGGCGAUUUUGACGGACUGGUUGAAGAAGCACAAAAAUCAGAUAAGUGAGGAAGAUCUGAAGAGAAUCGGCCUCAAAAAGUCCGCCGUCGAGAAUGGCUUGAAAGGUUUUGGAACCGCCAUUGAAGGGAAGAAGAAGCUUCUGAAGCUGAUACUGGAGAGGAUCGACCACUCCCUACUUCGGGAGAAGAAAACAAAAACUGCCGAAACGGUUUCCUCUGGGUCCCAUGCGGAAGCAAAUGACAAUAUAUUGCCCCUAAUUUCGUCUCUUCGAGAAGCCGGCCCCACCACUCGUUUCAGUUACGGUCCAACGCCUACAUGGGCCCCAGAUUCCGUCGCCCCACAGCGUCACAUUUUCCAGCAAUCGCUGCCGCGAGGCGGCGGCGGCGUCUAUUCAAGUUAUGAAUCCGGCGUGCAACUGUCGUGCGGUCCUCUUCCUCAUUCUACGAUUUACUACAACCCCGGUCAAUCAAGCGUGUAUCUCCUACCGCGCGCGGGAAACUAUCCAUCCCCAAUGAACAUGGCGGUGGAAUCACAGCAGUGGCCGCAAUCUCUGGCGCCGCCGCGUCCGCUCAACCCCCGAAUUAAUAAGCGGCCUUUUAUAACUCUGACUCCCAAGCAUGAGGCUCUCGAGGCACGGAAGAAUAGGACAAUGGCUCGACAAAGAAGAAAUCUGCAGAAUUCUUCUGCAGAUAUGUCUUCCGCUCUGGGCUGGCCUCAACAGUCUACCGCUCAAUCUUCACCAGAAGAGCAACCGCAGGGUUCAGUAACAGUGUGCAUUGGUGUUGAACUUGUGCUGCAAAAAGUUUUGAAGCGGAGCGAUGUUCACCACGGAAGAAUUGUGCUACCUAAGAAAGAAGCUGAGUUUCGUCUCCCCCGUCCCCCGACUUGAUUCAAGACUUGGAAUUUCCAUCCCCAUGGAGGACAUGUGCAUAUCCUGUGUGUGGGACUUCAAAUUCAGAUUUUGGCAAAAUGACAGAAGCAAGAUGUAUGUCCUUGAAAACACUGGCGAGUUCGUGCGUACAAACGAACUUCAAGAAGGGGAUUUUGUUUUCAUAUAUGCUGACACCAUAUCUGGAAAAUAUUUGAUCAGAGGAGUUAAAGAAGUACAACCGUCCAGGCCGCCAGUAACUACUAACCUUAGUGCUUCAUCCUCGGCUGCUGCUAGCUUCCUUCCAGUCACUGAUGAAUGAAACUAACUAAUUUUUUUGUCUGUUAAUGGUUAACUAACUCCCUGAAACGCCCUGAGAUUAUUAACUUCAGCUGUCUGGGAGUUGGCUUAAAGUGUUAAAUGUUGUUGUAGCUUUCUUUAUUUUUGUUCAAAAAUAGAUGUAUGAAUACUAUAGGUAUGUAUUUAUAUUGGUGUGUGUGUGUGUCUAUACACACACACAUGCAUUUAUAUGUAUUAUGUACUAUAUAGUACUCCCUCCGUUCCAGAAAAAAUUGCCAAUUUGACUUUCCUUGGUUAGUGCUAUAAGAAAACAGCAGUUGUAAUA